AUGGCAUCCACAGCACGUAGUGGCGUUUCCGCAAAGUUCUACCAAGAAGAUAUUGUGAAGCGCAAGGACGAUCCGACUUUAUAUGGAGUCGUUUUGCGAUGUUGGCAUGAUGCCGAAGACAUCCCUCCCGCAGCGGAGACCGUAGACCCGCUGAUGCGACCAUUGCUCCAGGGCGAAGUGGGCGUCUCAUAUUUUCCCCGUCCGACUCGUGAAAUCCUACUCGAAUCCGAACUUGACCUAGUAGACCGCAUGUUCCAACCUGGAGAUCCUUUAAAGCGCAGUGUGGAUGAUGUGGUAUCUGGGAUGGUCACUGGACUGGAUGUGAAGGGUCGUCUCGAGCAUGCUAUCAGCGGAGAGCCGAUACCAGGGUGGAAGAGUACGGAUGAGGUCGAUCCCGCUGUGGAAGUAGAUCUCGGGGAUUACGUCGUCUACGAUGACUGGGUCGGACAGGUUGUCGAGAUGUUCGACGAGGCGAUCGUUGAUGUGGGGAAUGGCCAUUUGGUUCGCGUGCCUGAGUUGAGUGCUCGUCUCGUCGUUGGCGAAAAGGGAUCGGACAUUCUCCCUCAGCCCAUGUCCGGCGUUCAGUCCAUCUUCGGCUUCUUCCUAGGUAACCCAAGGCCAAGCAGUCAGGACACGGUGGUCAGCGUGAAGCGCACAGUGCUAGCUAUCGCUUGGCUCGCCAUUAACCAAUCCCUGGACCCUGUGGAAGCGACUACACGCUUGCGCCCAUCUCGAUUCUGGCAUGGUCCUGAUCUAGCCAAGCUCAUUUUAGUGCGUCGUAGGGCAGAAGAAGCCCUGCGAGUGGGCGAUCGCGUGAUGCUUAAGAACCCGGUUGGCGUUCCGCAUACGCACCACGGCAAAGAAGACAAUCUUCAUCCUGUGCUCGACGUCUACACCUGUUUUGUCCGGGAAACUCAGACUAUGGUGAACGUGCUGUGGCAAGAUGGGACUCGUGAAACCUUGAAGGCAACGGAGGCGAUUCCUUACCUCAAUCCGGAUGAAUACGACUGCUGGCCUGGAGAUCACGUCAUAUGGAAGACUGAAGACCAGAAACGCGCGGCGAUUGUACAAUCUGUAAACGCCGUCGAGCGAACAGCUCUGAUUCGCUGCAUGGACACUCAAAGCAUUGAACUUGCUUCUCUGCUCGAGCUCGACCCUCACGGAACUGCAGACUGGUCCUCAGUAUCGCCCACGGCCGGGUUAGGUGUGCAUCGUGGCGACCUUGUCUUCAUCCACAAUGAGGGCACGACGAAUGGUGCAGAGUAUCCCAUGGUCCCAAGAAUUGGGGAGGUAGAAGAAUGGGUCCGUGAGCUGCCGAUGGUGAAUCCAAAUGGUCAAUUAGGUGGCUGGCGCCGCGACAUGGCAGAUAUAGGGGCUCGCAUCGCGGAACGACGGGGCAAGGAUCCGAGCAUCGAGGAAGGACAUAUCCAGCGGCCUAAGAAGGAUGAUCAUCGGCUCAACUGGUUCGGAGAGAUCAUAGACUUAAGGCUAGAUGGCAAUGUCGAGGUAUUCCUCCCGGAUUCCACGACAACGGUGCUCCCUCUGAGUCGUCUGACGAAACUGUAUGAUGGGCUAGAGCAGAUCGAAGACCUAUGGGGCGAUGUAUCUGAGGGCGAAGAAGGAAGCGAAAUGAACGGUGAGAAGGAGGUUGAGGAGUGGGCAAUGGAUGAAAGUGGUAACUGGGUGGAGAGCACUGGCGAAGAUGCUGAGGAAUGGGAGUCUGCCGAAGAAAAUGAGAUGGAGGUCGAGGAAGAUCGGUGGUCGUCGUCGAGUCCGACCGUACAUCCAUUGCAUCAUGCCGAGCCGUCUGCGCUUGUCGAUUCAGCAAUCGAGAUUGCUGAGAAUUCAACACCCCAGCCGUUAUCUCCUCCAUCUGCGGCACGGCCACUAUCUCCAGACGUGCCGCAGGAUGCCAUAGAAGAGGUUGAAAUGGACGGAACAGAAGCGAGCGAAAACGAGACUCCUUGGAAGCGGUUUGAGAUUCUACCAUCAGCCCCGGCGGACCAUGCAUUCUACUCCAGUUCACCAGCGCAUACAUCGCGAAACUUCUUAGCAAGACUAAACCGAGAGUACAAGGCGCUGCAGAGCAGUUUACCUGAUUCUAUACUUGUCCGAGCAUACGAAAAUCGCACAGAUCUCCUGCGGAGUCUUAUUAUUGGUCCAGAAAACACGCCGUAUCAGGAUGCUCCGUUCGUGAUUGACUGGCAGCUUGACUCCAACUUCCCGCAGAGCCCACCUAUUGCGCAUUUCCUCAGUUGGACUAAUGGCAACGGCAGAGUAAAUCCGAAUUUGUACGAGGAGGGUAAGGUCUGCCUGUCCAUAUUGGGUACGUGGGCAGGAGACAAGAAUGAGACAUGGAAUGCGUCGCGUUCUUCUCUGCUACAAGCUUUCGUGUCUAUACAGGGCCUAGUCCUCGUGAAAGAGCCCUGGUUCUGCGAGCCUGCGUACGAGAAACUCAGAGGUACGGAAGAAGGAAUACUCAACCACGUUUUCUCCUCCCAUAGUCGGCUGUAUAGCGAGAAGGCGUACGUCCUUUCGCGUGGCUUCGUGCGUCGGGCACUGGAGAUCGCCCUCGGUGGGCUGGAGGCGGAAAUGCGGUGGUUCUACUACACAAACGGAAAGCUCGCGAAGGUGCUUAACGACGCUCGCGCUCUAAUCGAGAAAAGCAAGUCAUCGAAAGAUAGUGGAAAUUCAGCAGAGGAUCGAGAGCUCGCAGUUCCAAGACUGACCGAAGGCGGCAUCAUCGCGCUGGAACGGACGCUUGCAAAAUUACAGGCGUUCUUAGACGCGUACGACCAUCAGUGUAAGCAAUCCUAA